CAUUUCCCCGUUUGUCGAGCAUCGUCGCCUCCGAGCCGAUCAUCGGCUAGCUGCCCUGCUGUCGUUCGCCCCGCUGUUAUUCAGUGGUCACCGAGCACCCGAGUGAACGAUGCGGCUCCUCUCGUUCGUUUGUCUGCUGUUAUCGGUCACCGUCGACGAGGUCCGCGCGGAGGAUUCCGACUGUCAGGUCUACAACCAUCUGUACGUGUGCCUGUCGCGCGGGCAGCUGCAGAGCGUGGCGUUCGAGGAUGUGAACGCGGUACAGACGAUCGAGGACAUCGAGCUGCACCUGGAGGGUCUGGGCAUCACGGACAUCGCCAGGGACGCGUUCCUCGAGGUAUCGAACGCGUCGGCGCUCUUCCUGCGAGACAACGAUCUGCCGGUCAUCUCCAGGCACCACUUCACCGCGCUGGACCAGCUGACCUACCUGGACCUGAAGAACAACACGAUCGCGGAGAUAGAGGACUCCGCGUUCGCCGGUCUGCGCAACCUGGAGACCCUGCUGCUGGACUACAACAACAUCACCGGCUUCAGACCGGGCACCUGGCGGGGCCUGGGCGAUCUGCACGAGCUCUACGCCACCAACAACAACAUCUGCCUAAGGAGGAACAUGUUCAGGGGCCUGAGACAUCUGGAGACCCUGGCACUGGACAGCAACGAGAUCGCGGACCUGCCGGUGGGCGCGUUCGACGGGCUGCCGCACAUCGACCUGCUCUAUCUGUCGCGUAAUAACAUCUCCAGCCUCCACCCAGAGGCGUUCCGCGGCCUCGGCGAGGUCAACGAGCUGGACUUGGGUAGGAACCCUAUCGGCAACCUGCCAGCCGGCGCGUUCCGUCAUCUCAAAAAGCUGAACUCCCUCUGGCUGAACGGGAACCGCAUCACGGCGAUCAGGGCGAACGCGUUCGACGGGUUGGAUAACCUCCUGGUACUGUUUCUGAGCGGGCCUAGGCUUCGGCACGUCGACAUGGCCGCCUUCGCCAGGAUGAGGAACGUCACCGUGGACCCAGGCUUCAAGAUACACGGCGCGCUAGUCGAGCGGCUGGCCGACGUGCACGGCCGGCUCCAGUGCCACAGCGUGUCCGAGCAGCUGCCCUACGAGUGCGCAGGCGCGAGACUCUGAGCCGGCCCCGAGGACUCCGCGGGGAGGGCGCGGCAAGCGGCGCGCCGCCGGAGGCCGAACGCGAUCGCUCGGGCUCUCGGCAUCGAACGCUCGCAGUGCCCUCUCUGGGGAGUCCUCGAGCGCCCGGUUCUGUAGCUAUUUCUGUACACGAUGGAGAACGGAGUUAUUGUUUCUGCGGAGCGAUUUGUUAAUAAAGGCUUUUUCUACCAGUA